AGUAUAAAACUUAUAAAUUUAAAUCGUACUGAGAAAUAAAAAAAAUUUCUUAACAAAGAAACUAACUUAAUUUAGUUGCUGUUUACCAAUAGGUAAAUUUACACCUGUUUUCUGUAAAACUUUUGUAAAGCUCCUGCUACGACGAGUGUAAUCGAUUUUUCAAAGUCAUUGACCUCAACAGUCAUGCAUGUUGAAUAUAUUAAUAGUUAUACAUGAGAAAAUUACUUUUUAUCUACAAAAAACAAGAAUUAAAAAAAAACGUGUUCUAGCUACCGCCAUCUAAUUUAAUUUCGAAAUGAUGGUGUCGGACGCCUUGAAGUCUGAAAGGCAAUGACUGUCUAACAAAAGAAUUCUGAGAGUUCGAUAAAACAGAGGGGGAAUUUACUCAGAUAAUCAAGUGUAAACUCUUCUUGUAAUAUCUCUGUAAUAUCAAGUACUUUUUUAUACAAAUAAAUAAAAAAAAAAAAAAUCGAAUUCAUUCACCUUGGUUGCGUUUUUUUUUUUAUUGGGGGUAAAGAGUUUCCGUUCGAUAAGUCGAUGAACCGUUUAUGUAUAUGUUACGAGAAUAAACUAAUCUAUUAAUCGGUAGCAGAAUAAAUAUUGGACUAGAUAUUUCCUGUCAGUAUCAUCCUGGUUUUUAUUACUGCGGCACUAACUUCUCAAUCGAAUAAACAUCAUGAAGUUACUGAAAAAAAUAUCGAAUUUUUCGAUCUUAAAAAGAAUAAUCAAACCGAAAAUUAUAAAUUGACAGAAAAAAAUAUAUCAUUAUACAAUAAUAUUGAAGGUAUAAUGAAAAAUAAUAUCCACUUUAAAAAUGAAGCAACAUUAAAUCAAUUUAAAAUUUUUCAAUUCGGAAAGAAGAGAAGAAGAAAAAUUGGGAAAUUUAUGAAAGAAGAUAACAAAGAUCAAGGAAUAAAACUAGAAAACAGUAAUUUCACCGCCGUUUCUCGUUUGUCCAAUGAUAUUGUCAAUAAAAUUCGAAAACUCUUGGUAAGAAAAGUUAAAGAAAUAAAUAAAAUAUCUGAUAAGAUCUCACGUAGCGAUGAAGAAAACAAAGAUUUAAUUUUAUUUCCUACAUUAAAUUUUGAGAACGAUUUUAGAAAAGAAAAUUCUGAAACUAAAAAAUUGAAUCAUACUUUGAAAAUUAAUGAAACGAAAAUAUGUCAAAAUGAAGAGAAGAAAUUACAAGAAAAUUCUGAUAUUAAAACAGUUCCUGAGGUAAAAAUUAAAAAAAAUAGCUCCUUAGAAUUAUCAAAUGAUCAAAAAACCCAAAACGAACAAAUAAGUAUGACAAAACUUUCCAGAAAUGGAGGUAUCGAGAAUAAUUUUUCAAGAAAAGAAAUCGGAAAACCAAGUUGGAGAAAUAAAUUAUUGGAUACUAAACAGAAAACUAAAGAGGCCACAUCUAGUGAAAAUACUAUUUACUUAAAAAUGUUUUCUAGUUUAAAAGAUUCAGAGCCAAAUUCAACGAAACUAGAUCAGGAAUUUUCUACUCCAAAAUCACGUGUUCAACAAUUGUCAGAAGCUUUUGACAUUGAAUUGAAUAAAAAGACAAAGGAGCAAAAGCGUAUUAUUGAGAUUAAUCAAAGUCGAACAAAAGGAGGAACUAUUGAACCGAGAGAAGAAGAUUUAAUAGAAGCUGCUAAUUUUGGAAUGCAGGCUAUGAACGAUCUUUAUUACAUAAAAGAACCAAAAUUUCAUUCAUUAGGGCUAUUUCUUUCACCGAAUAAUCCGGCACAUUUCGUUGCAAGUUUUAAUGAACAAACAGAGGAAGCAAAAUAUUUAACAAGAUUUGGAUUUGCUGCACUCCAAGGAUCAAUAUUAUUUGUUAAUAAAUAUCCUGAAAUUUCAAGAAAUACUCCAUUCACUGUAAAUACGACAAAUUCGAGUUUACAUCGACAGUGUCCUAAAAGAGGAAUUCCACAAUGUCCUUCAGCCAGCAUGCGAUACAGAACUGCUGAUGGAAGCUGUAAUAAUGCUCAAAAUUUGUGGUGGGGUUCUGCCAUGUCCACAAUGCAAAGAUUUUUACCUCCACUUUAUCAGGACGGUAUUCAAAGUAUUAGACGAUCUGUAAAUGGAGAUUUAUUACCAAGUGCAAGAGAAGUUUCAAAUCUAAUUCAUGAAGAUCGAGAUAUUCCUUUGGCAUCUAUUUCUCAUAUGUUGAUGCAAUGGGGACAAUUUGUCGAUCAUGAUAUAAGUGCCACAGUACCUAGUCGAGGAUUCAAUGGAACGAUUCCGCAGUGUUGUCUAGAUCAUGGAACAGGAUUCCAACCACCAGAAUUCAUGCAUCCGGAAUGUUUGCCAAUCGCUGUGCAUCCAAGGGACAAUUUCUUUAGUCAAUUUGCAGUAAGAUGCUUGGAAUUUUUAAGAAAUGGACCAGCUCCAAGAGAAAAUUGUGAAUUUGGUCCCAGGGAGCAAGUUUCUCAAGUGACAAGUUAUUUAGAUGCAUCCACUAUCUACGGCAGCAACGUAAUACACAGUGAUAGUAUGCGGAUUUUUCGCGAUGGAUUAUUACAAUAUGGAAAGCUUCAAAGUCGUAGGACUAUAGAAACUAGGGAUGAUAAUGACAUAUGUCAAUUAGGAUCUUUAUCUCAAAGUUGUUUUAUCACAGGAGAUGGUCGUGUUGGUGAAAAUCCUGCUUUAACAUCUCUUCAUGUUGUCUUUUUACGUCUACAUAAUAGAUUUGCAAAACAAAUCGCUGAGCUAAAUCCACAUUGGAGCGAGGAGAAAAUGUUUCAAGAAACUCGGAAAAUAGUUGGUGCUAUUAUUCAACAUAUCACAUAUCGAGAAUUUCUUCCAAUUGUAUUAGGUCAAGAUGUAAUGAAAAUUUUUAAACUUGAAAUCAUGAGAAAUGGAUAUUCCGAUGAAUAUGAUCCUGAUGUCAAUCCAAACGUUGCUAAUGAAUUUAUAACAGCUGCUUUUCGUUUUGGACACUCUUUAGUGCAACCCAGUUUUGUCAGAUUUGAUAAAAAGCAUAGACCACUUUUCAACAACGUAUCAAUUCAUGAAGAAUUUGUGAAUCCACACCUACAUUCAGCGGGAUCUUUGGAGAAAAUAAUUUUAGGUCUUGUAAAUCAACCAUCACAGAAAAGAGAUGAAUACAUAAGUGAAGAGCUAACAAAUCAUCUUUUUCAAAGAGAAUUAUUUCCUUUUGGAAUGGAUCUUGCUGCUAUAAAUAUUCAAAGAGGACGUGAUCAUGGCCUUCCACCUUACAUACAAUACCGCUCGAUAUGUGGUUUAUCCGAAAUAAACAAUUGGGAAGAUCUUGAUAGAGUAAUGGAAAUAUCAACAGCUCGAAAAUUUAAAUUUCUCUAUUCAUCGAUAGAGGACAUUGAUUUAUUUUCUGCUGGAUUAGCAGAAAAAUCAGUUGGCGGAGGACUUGUUGGUCCCACAUUUGCUUGCAUAAUUGCUCAACAAUUUAGUAAUUUGAAAAAAGGUGACAGAUUUUGGUUCGAAAAUUCAAAUAUGGAAAAUAAAUUCACUCCACAGCAACUGCAACAAAUUAGAAGUAUUACUUUAACUAAAGUUCUUUGCAAAACCAUGGAUAAUAUCGAAAGUCUUCAACCUUUUAUAAUGCAGUUACCGGAUAAUUUUAAGAAUAAACGAAUUUUUUGCAAUGAUUCCAAAAUUGGAGAUAUCAAUGUUACAGCAUGGUUGGAAUUAACUCCAGAAAGUGUUAAUAAAUCUGAAAUUGAAAUUAAAUCAUCUUUAUUAAACGAUGCAGAAAAUAUAUCUGAGGGUAUUGGUGAAUUAGAGAAUUUGAAAAAAAAUUCCGAACGUUUCCAAGAAACAGUGAAAGAUUUUCAAAAAGAAGUAGAAGAUUCAAUAGAAAAUGUAGAUUUUCAAAAACAUAUUGACGAUUUACGAGAAAAUAUGGGAACAUCUCAAGAAAUAGUUUAUCGAUCCAGAGGAUCAAUUUCAAAACCAGAAACUAAAAACAAAGGUGAGGAAAAAUUGAGGCAGUCCUUGAGGCCUUUGCAAACGAGCGUCAAUCAACAGAACAGAAUUGUUUUAAAAAGGCCAAUUGCACCUCAAGAAAAUAUAUCCAUAGUUGUGCACAAUGUAGCAGUUAACGCUCCGAUAUUUGUCAGAGACUCGGUUUACGGUUCUCAUGUCAAUCAAAACCCACAUUCAUCUACUCAAUUCUCAGUACAUGAACCAUUUUUUAAUACAAUGAAACCACAGACUUAUCCAAAUAAAAGGCCUCCAUUUUCAAAGCCUAUGAAACCUUCUUACAUUAACUCAAGUCCCUAUAUCCCUCAAUAUUUUGGAGACACAAGCAAUCCCAAUCCACCUACUUAUGGAUUCAAUCAUAAUCCAAUAAAUAAUUAUAUUCCUAACAAUGCUUUCUUUGAGAAUAUGUAUAAUAAUAAUUACAGACCAUAUGAAGAGAAACCAAAUUACAAUCAGGAGAGUUUUAUUAAACUCGUUACAGAAACGCCGGAUUACAGUUCAAAUAGAUUUUUACAAAAUUCUUGGAAUUUUAAACCAGACAGUCAAAGUUUCACAGUUGUUUCCGAAACUUUAGAAACUGUCAAUAUUACAGAAACAAUGAAACCCACUUCUAAAAGAAAAUACGGAGGUGAACUUCCAAAACCCUUGAUUCCUCGGCAAAGAACAAAUGAUGAUUUUGCAAUUGAACAAUCUGGUCUCCAUUAUUUUGAGAAAAAUAUUUUAAAUAAAUAUCCUGAAACAGUCAUGAGUCAGACGACUGAGAAAAUUGGAGAAAAAGAACUCAAACCGUCAAAGUAUUUUGAUGACGACAAAGAAGUAAGACUAAAGAAUCAAUCGGAAGCUGUGAACUAUACAAUAGAACUAAAUUUAGCAAAUGCAUCAAAAAUUAUUGACGAUAUUAAAUUCACAACGACACCUACAAUAGUUCUUAAAAAUGGUGAUAUAAACCCAUUUAUUACGAUUCCGAAAUCUCAGCAAGAGAAGAAAAAUCAAAGGGAAGACGGAAUUUAAGAAAAUACUUUGUAUUUUAAUUUUUUCAGAUUUAAAACUAUUCUAUUACGUUUCAAAAGUAACUUUUUAUCAAUAUUGAUACGUAGUCACCGAUAUUUAAUUAAAUUUAAUUCUUUAUUUAAAAAUUUGUAAUAAAAUAUAAAAUUUUUAAUAAUUUACUUCAAAUACGAAAGUUAAUGAACAUUUUAAAUGUUUGCAUCGUAAAAAUAUUUUAUUGUACAUAUGCAAAAUUUACAUUAAUAUAUAUGCAUUUUUAAACAUUUUAAUUUAAAGUGUCCUCAAAUCUUGUACUUUGCAAACAAUAAAAAAAAAUUAUUUUAUACAUUA